CAACAGGCAGUAGUAGAUAAGAAGAAGCUAAGUAAUUAGAAAACGAAGAAUCAUCUUCCCUUUCUAUUGGUAUUGUUAUUAUCAUCUCCUUUUUAAUUAAAAUUUAGACUCCCCCUUUUCUAGCACGGAAAAAACACCAUCGCUACAUAGAAAAGCUACACCUGAUAAUCAAGUCAAGUCAAAUCAAAUCAUCAGUGAAAUGGCGAAGCAUGAGGAGACGCCAAUCCCAUGUUUCUCAUCUCUAGAGGCUGUUUACGGAGACGGAUCUCAGCUUGAAGAAGCUAAACUCCGUUUUGAUCACUUGAACUCCAAGUUUCUUCAAGUUUUUGGUCACCCUCCUGAUGUCUUUGCUCGUUCUCCAGGGAGAGUGAAUUUGAUUGGAGAGCAUAUUGAUUAUGAAGGCUACUCGGUGUUGCCAAUGGCAAUAAGGCAAGAUACUAUUAUAGCAAUCCGUAAAAAUCAUGCACAAAAAGUUCUUCGAAUCGCAAAUGUUAAUGACAAAUAUACAGAGUGUACUUAUCCUGUUGAUCCUAACCAGGCAAUUGACUUGAAGAAUCAUAAAUGGGGUCAUUAUUUCAUUUGUGGGUAUAAGGGUUUUUAUGAAUAUGCGAAAUCAAAAGGAGUGGAUAUGGGUGACGCGGUUGGACUUGAUGUUAUUGUUGAUGGAACUGUUCCAACAGGUUCUGGCUUGUCCAGCUCUGCUGCGUUUGUUUGCUCUGCUACCAUUGCUAUUAUGGCUGCUUUUGAUGUGAACUUUCCAAAGAAAGAAAUUGCCCAGCUAACAUGUGAGUGUGAAAGGCACAUUGGAACACAAUCUGGAGGAAUGGACCAGGCAAUCUCUGUCAUGGCCAAAACUGGAUUUGCAGAGCUUAUUGAUUUCAACCCCAUUCGGGCAACUGACGUGCAACUUCCUGCUGGUGGAACUUUCGUGAUUGCACAUUCUUUGGCUGAAUCUCAGAAGGCAGUCACUGCUGCUACUAAUUACAACAACAGAGUAGUUGAAUGUCGACUCGCUUCUAUCGUACUUGGCAUAAAGUUAGGAAUGAAACAACAAGAUGCAAUAUCAAAUGUCAAAACUCUUUCCGAUGUUGAGGGAUUGUGUGUGUCAUUCGCUAAUAGCCGUGGCUCUUCAGAUCCUGUCAUUGCUGUUAAGGAACUUUUGAAAGAUGAACCAUAUACGACUGAAGAAAUUGAGGCAAUUACCGGGGAAAGUCUUCAAUCAAUCUUCGAAAAUUCCCCAUCUUCUUUGGAUGUUCUAAAAGCAGCCAAGCACUUCAAGUUACAUCAUAGGGCUGCUCAUGUUUAUUCUGAAGCAAAGCGAGUCCAUGCUUUCAAGGAUGCUGUGUCAUCAGAUUUAAGUGAUGAGGACAAGCUAAAGAAGCUCGGUGAGCUCAUGAACGAGAGUCACUACAGCUGCAGCGUUCUAUAUGAAUGCAGCUGCCCCGAGUUGGAAGAACUUGUAAAGAUUUGCCGGGAUAAUGAUGCUUUGGGGGCUAGACUUACAGGAGCUGGAUGGGGUGGCUGUGCGGUUGCUUUGGUGAAAGAGGCUGCUGUCCCUCAGUUCAUCCUCAAUUUGAAGGAAAAGUUCUAUCGAUCAAGAAUUGACAAGGGAGUAAUCAGCAAGAAUGAUCUUGGCCUCUAUGUUUUUGCUUCAAAGCCUUCAAGUGGUGCUGCUAUUUUCAAGUUCUAACAACGCUUUCUCCUCAUUGAAAGAUAGAUCUUCCAGAACCGGUCAUAUGCCUGUCUGCUUGUUUUCUUUUCGGAAAUAAAAGCGAGGAGUCCAUUUUUUCUAGCUUUAUUUAUGUCAAAACAAAUGAAUUAUCUAACGAACGAACAAAAAAUGAAGCUUUCUUGUGGUAAUCACGUUCCUGAUACAAUAUUUUAUAGGGCCUGCUGCUUGGGGAUAUAAAACCUUGUAUAUAAAGUGUCAAUAAGAUUCUGAA